AGAGUUGAAACUGCAGUCCAAGAGAGCUGCUAGCUGUCCCUACCGGUCUGGCAAGUUCUGUUCUGGAUAUCGCCGUGUAUCGGAGACGAUAUGGCGGGCAGUGACUCGGAAGAACCGGCCAUUCCCAACAUGACGACGAUAUCUCGGCAUAAUUUCGGCGAUGAUACUGCCGAACCGGUCUUCUCCAUCUCCAUCAUCGAGAAUAUGAAAGAAGAGUACGGCCUAUUUGUGUGGCCCUGCAGUAUCGUUCUCGCCGAGUAUGUUUGGCAACAGAGAUUGCGCUUUUCCGGGUCUAGCGUCGUUGAGCUUGGCGCCGGAACUUGCUUGCCUGGUUUGGUUGCUGCGAAAGUGGGUGCUGACGUCACUCUCACAGAUGACGCCAAUAGUAUAGAGGUGAUAGACAACAUGAGAAGAGUGUGUGACCUGAAUAAACUCAAGUGUAAUGUACUCGGAAUGACUUGGGGAGUUUGGGAUGCAUCUAUAUUCAGUUUACAACCUAAGAUUAUUCUUGGGGCAGAUGUAUUGUAUGACACAAGCGCCUUUGAUGACCUCUUUGCCACCGUGAAAUUCCUGCUCCAAAAUUCUCCUGGGUCAGUCUUCAUAACAUCAUAUCAUAAUCGAAGUGGGCAUCAUCUUAUAGAAUUCUUGAUGGUGAAAUGGGGGUUGAAGUGCAUAAAGCUUCUUGAUGGCUUUUCAUUGAUGCCAUCUGACAAGGCUUCUGGUCUGAGUGGCAACAUUCAAUUGGCAGAGAUUGUUCUGAACAAUUUACAGCCUUAGGUACCCAAUGGCAUUAGCAUAGGGAAUUUUCUGAUAUGGUCAUUUGGAUUAAAAUUCAUGCUUCCCAGUGCAAUACAAAACUUCCACCUUUGGGCUUGAUGAUUAUAGUUCAUCUCACCCUUGGAAUCUAUUUUUAUGGCUUUUGCUUCCACAUUAUGGUUGAUGAGAUUAACUGUGAUUUCUUACACAAAUGUUUGUUGGAGGAGUUGCAAUCUGGCCAUUUUGUUGUAGUCUAAUGGAAGGGAUAAAUAUUAUUUCAAGUUCAUUAUUGCUUUUCACAGACUUGAGUGGAACAUAUGGGGGAAUACCUGCCUGCAGAGGAAAUCAAUACAUGAGUUGUAGCUUUGGUAUUA